AUGGAUACUACGAUGGAUCUCCCCAUCUCCAUCCACGACGUCGAUCCGCAAGUCCUAAUUCCGGCCCUCAAAUCUCACCUCCCCUAUUCGCUUCCGUUGCUACGGCGCCUCCAACACUCGCUAGCCCAUCCCUCCCCGACCGCCAAGUACCUGGUCACUGCCUCCGUCUUGGAUGCCGUCGGGGACCUGAAACCCGCGUCUGACUCGAACUCCGUGUCCGCUUCGUUAUUGUCCAGGGGAUCCUUGCCAGGAGAUGUUGGUGUUACCAAUACCAACACUGGCGUUCCGAUGCCCUGGCUAGCCGCCUGGGUGGAUCUGCAUGCCGGUCCUGAGACCCAGGUUGUUGUUUACUCCAGUCUCGAAAGGGAAGCUCCAGCUCCAUCUGGAAAGAAAGAAGUCACAGAAGAAGCAAACGCGAUCGAAGAAUCCGUCUCCACUCUCGAUUCCGCUAGCAAUAAUGUCAGGCUCAAUGCCAAUGGCAGCGUCAUCUCACCCGACCCUCUGGACCGGGUGCGUGCGCAACUAUUGGCUCUACUAUCCCAUAUCAAGAAUCGCUUGAUGCCCGAAUAUCCCCAGUCUCUUAGUCCUAAUCAGAAUCUCGACGACAAUCUGGCCCCCACGUCAGCUCGUGACGCCAAUACGAACCGGAUUGGAACUAGUUGCACUGCGAGUAGUGCGACUGACGGCCGUCCUCCCAACCCACCGGGUCAGGGUCAAGGUCAGCCUGUCGGUCCUAGUCCAAGAGCUUUCAAAAUCGGCCACCUGCACACGGGACUCUUCUCCGUGUUAACUGCUUCGGGAAAAUACCCUCCCCCUUCUUCUCCUCCUCCCCUUGGCCAAUGCCAAACCCACACCCAUGGUUUUGGUGCUGGUGCCAGCCAGCCACAUGGCCCCCAGAUGGUCGUCCCAGGUCUCCGGGUCCACCGUUUCGACCACCCCCCCUACAACAAGUACCUAUUUCGGGACCAGGAAUUUGUCAUUGUAGAUGGGGACCCCGACGGGGACCAUGAUAGUGACAGCGACAAGAACGGGGACGUGACCCAGCAUGAUGGUCCCCGUUCGCGAUCGACUUCUGGAUCCGCACCCGCUGUCACCCAUGAGUCUAAUUGUUCCCAGUCCCAGCUGCCCCCCGGAUACCGCUUCUCCGACCGUAAGGGGAACUCGGCCCUCUUGCCCCGUCACUACGAGCUCAUUUGUCGUCGAUCGGCUGUCUUUCGGACUCCUAAGAGCUUGGCUUCUUUCCCGGGUGUUGCGAUUUACGUGGAUACUCCUUCGUCUGUCUCAGAUACUAGGAGAAUUAGCGGCGACGAUGAAGAAGAAGAAGAAGAAGAAGAAGAAGAAGAAGAAGAAGAAGAAGAAGAAGAAACCCCCAUCGCAUGGGCCUUCCUCAGCGCAGACGGAACACUAGCCGUUCUACACGUCGAGCCGGAGCACCGUGGCAAGGGACUGGCCGAGUCGGCGAGUCGAGAGGUCAUGCGAAGAGGGAUGCACGAAGGAGGGAUGUUCCGAGCGAAGGGCGAGAAGGGCUGGGUUCAUGCGGACGUGGCGCCGGGCAAUCGAGCUAGUUGUAGGGUGAUGGAGAAGCUUGGGGGUGUGGUUGGUUGGACGGUUACGUGGACGGUUGUAGAGUUUGAUUGA